CUGUUCUCAACUUCCGUCCUCUCAGCUCCCACAGAGUAGCCCAACCUGCCAAAGCUGAGCCUCCGGGGCUCUUCCUGGCCUCAACUCAGCCCUCUGUCCCUCACCCCAGUGAGAGGGGAGCUAGGUGCAAGUCUCUUAAGAGCUGAGAGUUGAGGCCAUUUAAUCAAUAAACAAACUGUCACCUCUGCACCUGCAAACACCUUCACUCCAUGCUGAAUCGAGAUGACUGGAAGAGACGAUGAUUAUAAUUUUGUCUUCAAGGUGGUGCUGAUCGGCGAGUCAGGCGUGGGCAAGACCAAUCUGCUGUCCCGGUUCACCCGCAAUGAGUUCAGCCACGACAGCCGCACCACCAUCGGGGUUGAGUUCUCCACCCGGACUGUAAUGCUGGGCACCGCAGCCAUCAAGGCGCAGAUCUGGGACACAGCUGGCCUGGAGCGGUACCGAGCCAUCACCUCUGCGUACUACCGCGGAGCGGUAGGAGCGCUCCUGGUAUUUGACCUAACGAAGCACCAGACCUAUGCCGUUGUAGAACGCUGGCUCAAGGAGCUCUAUGACCACGCUGAAGCCACUAUUGUUGUCAUGCUGGUGGGGAACAAAAGUGACCUGAGCCAGGCCAGGGAGGUGCCCACGGAGGAGGCCUGCAUGUUUGCUGAAAACAACGGUCUGCUGUUCCUGGAGACCUCAGCACUGGACUCCACCAAUGUGGAGCUGGCCUUUGAGACUGUCCUCAAAGAGAUCUUUGCAAAGGUGUCCAAGCAGAGACAGAACAGCACCCGGGCCAAUGCCAUCACCCUGGGCAACGCCCAAACUGAACAGGAUUCUGGCCCUGGGGAGAAGAAGGCUUGCUGCAUCAACCUCUGAACUCAGUCAUGGCCAACCAUGAGUCACUGCCUCCAUUCAGCCUUUGCGUCCCUCCCACCCAAUUGCAUGAUUUUUCUCUACCCUUGAGUCGUUCCCUCCCCCCACUUCACAAGCACAGGGUCCUCACGCCCUACCACGUCUCUAGCAUCCGCCCACACACACCCCUCACAGGCUAGGGCCCUACCAUGUCUCUAGCAUCUGCCCACACACACCCCUCACAGGCUAGGGCCCUACCACGUCUCUAGCAUCCACCCACACCCCUCACAGGCUAGGGCCCUACCAUGUCUCUAGCAUCCACCCACACCCCUCACAGGCUAGGGCCCUCAUGCCCUACCAUGUCUCUAGCAUCCACCCACACCCCUCACAGGCUAGGGCCCUCAUGCCCUACCACGUCUCUAGCAUCUGCCCACAUCCCUCACAGGCUAGGGCCCUACCAUGUCUCUAGCAUCUGCCCACACCCCUCACAGGCUAGGGCCCUCAUGCCCUACCACGUCUCUAGCAUCUGCCCACAUCCCUCACAGGCUAGGCCCUCCCCCAAUAAAGCUGUUUUGUAUCACG